UUCACAUGACGUCACUUCCGCCGUAAACAACAACAAGGAAGUGGAAAGAUAAGUCCCGAGGUGUUGCAAACCAAAUGCAACAGUCACGCUACAUCUAUUAGAAGCAAUUUCUCAUUUUAAACGGAUUAUUAUGCACUAGUUUUCAUUUUUCACAAGCGACACUAGAGAUGGAGGGCUCCAAGUCGUCGAGCACAACCAUGCAGGUCAGCUUCGUGUGUCAGCGCUGCUGUCAGCCGCUCAAACUGGACACAUCCUUCAAUGUGCUCGACCGGGUAACGAUCCAGGAACUUAUUGCUCCGUUGGUCACAGUGACCCCAAGCAAACAGGCUGACAACACUGAUGGGGAGACAGCACCAGAGGAGACCUUUGUGGAAAACAAGCAAGAUGGAGUUUCAAGAAAAUAUAUCCCUCCUGCACGGAUGAUGUCCACAGAGAGCGCCAACAGCUUCACACUGAUUGGAGAAGCAUCAGAUGGCGGCACCAUGGAAAAUCUUAGUCGUAGGCUGAAGGUGACCAGUGACCUGUUUGACAUCAUGUCGGGCCAGACAGACGUGGACCACCCGCUGUGUGAGGAAUGUACCGACACCCUGCUGGACCACCUGGACACGCAGCUCAACAUCACAGAGAACGAAUGCCAGAAUUACAAGCAGUGCCUGGAGCUGCUGUCACACCUGCAGGUGGAGGGAGAGGAGACCCUGCUGGCGGAGCUGCAUCAUCUGAAGGAGGAGGAGGAGGCUCUGGUCCAGGAGCUGGAGGCAGUGGAGGAGCAGAGGGCUGCCGUGGCUCAGGACCUGACCCAGAGCAGGAUCCACUCUCAGCAGCUGGACACAGAGGAGCUACAGUACCAGAAGGAGUACAGCGAGUUUAAACGGCAACAGCUGGAGCUGGAUGAUGAGCUGAAGAGUGUUGACAACCAGAUGCGUUACUGCCAGAUUCAGCUAGAUCGCCUGAAAAAGACCAACGUCUUCAACGCCACAUUUCACAUCUGGCACAGCGGCCAGUUUGGCACCAUCAACAACUUCCGUCUGGGUCGACUCCCCAGCGUCCCAGUGGAGUGGAAUGAGAUCAACGCAGCCUGGGGGCAGACGGUGCUGCUGCUGCACGCUCUGGCCAACAAAAUGGGGCUGCGCUUCCAGAGAUAUCGUCUUGUCCCAUACGGAAACCACUCGUACUUAGAGUCACUGACAGACAAGUCCAAGGAACUUCCUCUGUACUGCUCAGGAGGCCUGAGGUUCUUCUGGGACAAUAAAUUCGACCACGCCAUGGUGGCCUUCCUAGACUGUGUCCAGCAGUUCAAAGAGGAGGUGGAAAAAGGAGACACUGGCUUCUGCCUUCCGUACAGGAUGGAUGUGGAGAAAGGAAAGAUCGAGGACACGGGAGGCAGCGGCGGCUCCUACUCCAUCAAAACCCAAUUCAAUUCUGAGGAGCAGUGGACGAAGGCGCUCAAGUUUAUGCUCACCAACCUGAAGUGGGGACUGGCAUGGGUCACGUCACAGUUCUACAACAGAUAGACAAUGGACUAUGCCUUGAGAUAUUGACCCUAUAAUGAAUGGAUUUUGUGUGAAUCUUACUUGGCCAAAGGAAAAGAAAUGGUUAUGUGUGCACCAUUUUUUUGCAAGUCAACGUUCUAGAUCUUCAGUCCAGAUUGUCUGUUUUUUAUACAUUACAAAGACGGGAUAAUUUGUAUCUACUUUGCUGCGAAGUGGAGUUUCUAAAUUUGGAAGCAUUAAAGACACAGGUCGUGGUCACGUCCCUCAAAAUAAGCGGGAUGAGAUAACUACAUGUGCGUCUUUUAGUUUCUUUUUAUCGUCUGCUUCAAUAAUUAAUAUCUGGCUUUUUCUGAAGAGCUGACGUUGCAUUUAGACAACUUCACACGUCUUCAGACUAGAAUGUAAUUUAAAAGAAAUCUUCACCAAAUUUACUUCUAACCACUUUAUCAAGUUCAAGGUAUCCUUGCUCUCCUGUUGCACUGUACACCUUUGAAGGCACUGUGUAACUUUCUCCACAGUGAGAAAAAAAGUUUUUCUCCCAAUUAUAUAAGCUGUAAGAGUAUGAUGUCAUGUUCAAGGAUGGAUUUUUAAUAGAUUAACACUGUUUAGUAUUCAACAAGAGUGUCAGUAUUUCAUUAACUUCUAAAGCAGUUAUCAUGUUUGACAGUUACAUACAUACGUUGCAGGUAAACUGUUGUAUUUAGAGGUACACUGAGACACCUUUGUGUUCAUACUCUGCACCAUCACAUUCAUUUGUCUGUUUUAGAUACGAUGGAUACUUUUAAUGGUGGGAUUUGAGUUAAUAAAACAUUUCAUGCUGUGAAAAA